AUGAAAUAGUUUGUUAAACUUUUGAUAAUUUUGGGAGAAUCAGAAAUUGACAUAGAACUUACUCGACAAGAAUUAUGUGCCUAGAGAUUAUUUGAACCCUUCACUAGUUUUAAACGACUAGAUUAAAAUAAUAAAACAAAACUAGGAGUUAAUGAAUUUUAUGAAUUUUUGCUAGACAAUUAAGAAAGACCUAUAACUCAUUAAUAAUUAGAUAUUCUUAUUAAAUAUUUAGAUUACGAUAAAGAUGGAUGGGUUUCAUACAAUGAGUAAAUUAUUAUAAUAAAAAUCUGAUAGCUUUAUUAAAACAAUAUUACCCCAAGAACACCCUGAAUUAACUGAAUUAGCUAUGCUAAGAUCUAGCUAUUAAAUUGAAAAAAAUGUUCUAUUGCCAUCAGAAAUUGAGACAUUAUUAUAUGAAUUAUUAUUGUGCAUUCUAACCUGGAGAGAUUCUAUUGAAAAAGUUAAAAUACAAUUACUUAGAGAUAAUUAUAACAAUUUUUUAGAUGAUCUCUUUAAGAACCAUUAAUAAUUAACCAUUUAACAGUAAUUGUUUAUUAAUAAAAGAUUUUAUAAAAUAAUAAAUGAAAUUCAACCUGUAAAACAAGAAACAAUUUUAUCAUGUUUUAAAUACAUGGAUUAGAAAAAGGUUAGAUUUAUAACUAAAUCUGAUGUCGUUUAAAAUUUAUUUGGAAUCCCUUUAGAUUAAUACACAUUAUAUAAUCCAUCUCCGAGACAUAAUUAUUUACCAAUCUCUCCUAGAAUUAUGUAAUUACCAAUAAAUGAAAGGACUUUCACUAAUAUUGAAAACAUUAUGUCAGUAUUUACAUCUAAUAAGAAUAGAAAUGGAAAGAUUAUAUCAUUUAAAACAAAUUCUUAACACCUUGCCUAACUAAACUGA